CUUGGGCUUAGCAGCACCUCACGUCUUUGGUAUAAUGAUCAAGUUCAGUGGGAGUUUUGGAGCAGACGCUGCCAUUUUCCUGGGAUAGAGGAUUGGCCUUCGAAUUCUGCUUUAACUGAAGCGACCUGUGACACCUGCAGCAUGGAGGCUGACUAUUCCAAGCGAGUGUAUCAGGGCGUCAGGGUCAAGCACACAGUCAAGGACCUGCUGGCAGAAAAGAGGUCGCGACAAACAAGUGGGCCAUGCUUCACUGGGGUGUCAACUCCUCAGAGCCCGUUCGUCCAAAUGACAGGCUCCCAUGUGCUUCCGGGAUACUACAGCAUGAGAAGGCCAUUCAUUUCUGAAGCAGAGUUUUGCCCUUCGAGCAAGCAGUUCUCCACCGACGUGUACUCCUCACCACUGACGGGGAAGUCCAUCUCCUGUGACACUACGUCUGCGUCCAGCUACUCGUCCCUCAUAGACAGUUACUACCCGGAGACUUUCAGUGACUACCGCAGUGCUGCCCUGUCCAGUGGAGGAAGCACCAUCUUCUCAUCUUCUGCCUUGUCCACUCUUCUGCCCCCUUUUCCUGGAGAUGCUUCACAUUUUGUGCUGAGGGAUUCCUGGGAGCAGGCUGGGACGGAGGCAGUGGAGGGUCUGUGUGGAGAUGGCCUGGCUCCAGCGCCAAUGGCCAUGCCUGUGACCAGCUCCUUGACUAGCUCGGAGCCGGCCAGCCCCGGCCAAUACCGCUCGUCCUCCAGGAGCUCCGGCAUGCCUCAGUUCUACUCCCUGCACAGCCUGGAGGACGUUCAGUAUCACUCGUCCUUCCAGCCCACGGCCAGCAGCUACACAUGCCCCUCAUACAUGACCGCGUCCAGCGAAUCUGCAGCCAAAAUGCCAGCCCUGUCCACAGAAGAAACUGAGAAUGACCCUCCAGCCCUGAACGAGACGAUUCCAUGGGCCAAAGAGGACGCCACUGGCACCUGGUCACAGUAUGAAAUGCGGAGAGCUUUCUGAUAAACCUCUGACUGAAUGGACGUAAAAGCUGUCCUGCUUUAAAAGCUCUUUACAAUUUGUCCUUUUAUCGGACACACGUCUAUCCGGGCCAGAUUGAUAACAGAAGGGACACUUAAUUUUAACUUUAUUCUUAAUUUCAAGUUGAGUGCAAGUGGCAGAACUUUUAUUUUAUUUAUAGCAAAAUUAUUUUUCAUUAUGUCUACACUUAACGAUGGUUCUUCAAGGGUUCUUUA